GCAUCUCUAACUGUCCAUGACUCUUCUCCAUGUCACAGCUCAGCACUCACAUCACUGCUCCAUCAUUAUUCACAGGAAGAAACGAGGAACUAAACGUAAACAUCAACCUGAACCCAGCUGUGUGUCCUUAAAGAGCGACCAUUUAAAUGAUUUUAAUAUUGAUUUGAAACAAAGACAUUUAUCUGACACAGACUAAGUAUGUCUCAGCAUUAAAAUGGGGCCAAAAAAUAUUUCAGAUGACAAAUUGUUGAAUAGAAUGAUUUGAGUUUUGGAUUAUUUAUUAUAUCUGCUGUAGUUUGCUCCAUCAUAUCCAUCAUGCUUGGAAUUAGUUUUCUUCUAGUUUAUACAAAACUAUUUUAGUUUCACAAUUCUUUACAGAAUUUAAAACUUUAACCUAAAGUGUGGUUUGGGUUUUUUUCUCUAUCAGGAUGUAUCAGAAACCUGAACCCAGCUGUGUGUCAUUAAAAAGUGAUGAGUCAAAGAACUUUAAUGUUAAUUUUAAAGAAAAUUCUUCUGCUGCAGAGAGAGUGGACCAGGAGAGUUCAAAGGUUCCCAUUGAUCAACCUGCCAACCAGCAUCAAACACAUUUGGACUCUGUAUUUAUGCGACUGGAGGAUAACAUCAUCACUUUUGUGAAGAAUGAGCUGAAGGAGAUCCAGAAAAUUCUAAGUUCAGAUUACCCAGAAUCCUUAGGGAGCCAGAAAGAGGAUGAGGAGGUCUUGGAGGGUGAAGAUAAAGAGGAGAACAGAAACAACAGAGAAGGAUUUGUGAAAAUCACACUGCACUUCCUCAGGAGAAUGAGGCAGGAGGAACUGGCUGACUGUCUGCAGAGCAAAAUAUUUGCUCCAGAUUUUCAACAUGAACUCAAAUCUUCUCUGAAGAAGAAGUUCCAGUGCGUGUUUGAGGGGGUUGCUAGAGCAGGAAACCCAACCCUUCUGAAUCAGAUCUACACAGAGCUCUACAUCACAGAGGGAGGGACUGCAGAGGUCAAUGAUGAACAUGAGGUCAGACAGAUUGAAACAGCAUCCAGGAAACCAGACAGACCAGAAACAACAAUCAGACAAGAAGACAUCUUUAAAGCCUCACUUGGAAGAGAACAACCAAUCAGAACAGUGCUGACAAAGGGAGUGGCUGGCAUUGGGAAAACAGUCCUAACACAGAAGUUUACUCUGGACUGGGCUGAAGACAAAGCCAACCAGGACAUCCAGUUCAUUUUUCCAUUCACUUUCAGAGAGCUGAAUGUGCUUAAAGAGGAAAAGUUCAGCUUGGUGGAACUUGUCCAUCAUUUCUUUACUGAAACCAAACAAGCAGGAAUCUGCAGCUUUGAAAACGUCCAGGUUGUUUUUAUCUUUGAUGGUCUGGAUGAGUGUCGACUUCCUCUGGACUUCCACAAAACUACAAUCCUAACUGACCCUAGAAAGUCCACCACAGUGGAUGUCCUGUUGAUUAACCUUAUUAGGGGGAAUCUUCUUCCCUCUGCUCGCCUCUGGAUAACCACACGACCUGCAGCAGCCAAUCAGAUCCCUCCAGAAUGUGUUGACAUGGUGACAGAGAUCAGGGGGUUCAAUGACUCACAGAAGGAGGAGUACUUCAGGAAAAGAUUCAGAGAUGAACAGCAGGCCAGCAGGAUAUUCUCCCACAUCAAGACAUCACGAAGUGUCCACAUCAUGUGCCACAUCCCAGUCUUUUGCUGGAUCACUGCUACAGUUCUGGAGGAUGUGCUGAAAACCAAAGAGAAAAGACAGCUGCCCAAGACCCUGACUGAGAUGUACAUCCACUUCCUGGUGGUUCAGGUCAAAGUGAAAAAAGUCAAGUAUGAUGGAGGAUCUGAGACAGAUCCACACUGGAGUCCAGACAGCAGGAAGAUGGUUGAGGCUCUGGGAAAACUGGCUUUUGAGCAGCUGCAGAAAGGAAACCUGAUCUUCUAUGAAUCAGACCUGACAGAGUGUGGCAUCGAUAUCACAGCAGCCUCAGUGUACUCAGGAGUGUUCACACAGAUCUUUAUAGAGGAGAGAGGACUGUACCAGGACAGGGUGUUCUGCUUUGUCCAUCUGAGUGUUCAGGAGUUUCUGGCUGCUCUUCAUGUCCAUCUGUCAUUUAUUAACUCUGGAGUUAAUCUACUGGACAAGCAACAAAAAUCAUCGCAUCAGUCUGAAACAGAUGAAUACUUCUAUGAGAGUGCUGUGGACAAGGCCUUACAGAGUCCAAAUGGACACCUGGACUUGUUACUUCGUUUCCUCCUGGGUCUUUCACUUCAGACCAAUCAGACUCUCCUACGAGGCCUGCUGACACAGACAGGAAGUAGCUCACAGACCAAUCAGGGAACAGUUCAGUAUAUCAAGAAGAAGCUCAGUGAGAAUCUGUCUGCAGAGAAAAAUAUCAAUCUGUUCCACUGUUUGAAUGAACUGAAUGAUUGUUCUCUAGUGGAGGAGAUCCAACAGUUCCUGAGAUCGGGACGUCUCUCUGCAGAUAAACUGUCUCCUGCUCAGUGGUCAGCUCUGGUCUUCAUCUUAUUGUCAUCAGAAAAAGAUCUGGAUGUCUUUGACCUAAAGAAAUACUCUGCUUCAGAGGAGGCUCUUCUAAGUCUACUGCCUGUGGUCAAAGCCUCCAACAAAGCUCUGUAA